AUGGCAUCCUCUUCCAUUACCAUUCAUAACAAGAAUGAUAGCUACAGAUGUAAGGGUAAUUUCCCUAUGAACCUCAACUUCUUCCUCAAGCCACAAAGCCUUUUAAAGACUGAUGUUGCCUUACAGAAAGUUGAAAGUAUAGCCAAACAUUCCUUGAUAUCUGACAGUAGUUUGUUGUUAAGGUCCGUCUCCAACAGUUCGUCAAAGGAAACUUUUACUACAAACAGUGUAUUACCCCAAAAAGCUCCUUUCUUGUCAAAUAAUCCUCCUCAUGUCCCAUUUUCUUCCUUCGGCAAACACAUAUCUUCCAUUCCUAAACCAGGUACUGCCCAAGUGAAAGCUUGUGAAAGGCCACUUUCUGUUAGGAACUUAAAUUACACUCCAGCUCUAUCUUAUGAUGAAGUAAUGCUUUCAAAUGGUGAAGUCAUGGACACUCAGUCAGAUCUUCCCAAGGAGGAAUCUGAGACAUUGGAUAAUCACAGCCAAACAAUGUAUUAUAAAAUUGGAUACAAAGCAGAAAAAUGUUUUUCUGAAAUGAAACUAUCAGUGGCUGCAGGCUUUAGUCCUGAGAAUUCUAAAAUCAAAUCUCUUUUGGAAGAUGAAGAUGGAUUUCAGGCUGUCAACCAAGAAACAAAUUCACCUUCUGCAGAGAUGUCCUCUGCAAUUAGCUACUCACCUGAGAAUAGCUAUAUUAAAAGCCGCCAACAGAUUGAUGGGCAUGUUGCUAUCAAUUCUGAAGGUGAAACUGAUGAUUGCUUGACAGAAGAAACAGAUUCUGAUUAUGAAGAAGAGUGUGAGUUGGACAGUAGUUAUAGCAGUCUGUCACAGCAGUUGUCUAGUUUACGACCCAAGUUAACAUCCUCUGAUCAGCCAAAUAGCACUUCAGGUGCACAACCAAUUAUCUUUCCAGCCCUUACUGCCAGUCUAUUCCCAAAUGUACCACCCACAAUCAAUUUUGUGUACAAUGGAUGCAAAGUUGAUUGCUUACCUUCAGAGAUGAAACGUUUGUUGAGAUGGCGGCUUAGCCCAAUUACGCCACUUGUUGUAAAAAGUGCUUUAAUGAGGGCAGGCUUCAAAAUAACAAAGAAGAACUUUGAUUGGAUUGGUUGUUUUGGUAAGCACAUGAAAAGCCAAGCAUUUCGUACACUCAGAGAUUUUCAGAAGCUUAACCAUUUUCCUGGUUCCUUCCAAAUAGGCCGCAAAGACAGGCUUUGGAGGAACGUGUCCAAAUUACAGCUACACUUUGGGAAAAAAGAAUAUGGUUUCUUCCCACAGACAUUUGUCCUUCCAACUGAUCUAAAACUAUUCAAGAAAGUGUGGGAAGAUGGUGGAAACCGUUUAAAAUGGAUUAUUAAACCACCAGCAUCAGCUCGUGGGAAGGGAAUAAGAGUUGUCCACAAAUGGAGUCAAAUUCCAAAACGUCGACCUAUCAUUGUUCAAAGGUAUCUCUCCCGACCUUACCUUAUCAAUAGCAGUAAAUUUGAUAUCAGACUUUAUGUGCUAGUAAGCUCUUUCGACCCUCUCAGGAUUUACUUAUAUUCUGAUGGAUUGGUCCGGUUUGCAUCCUGCAAGUACUCUACCACUAUAAGCAGUCUAAGUAAUCGUUGCAUUCAUCUCACCAAUUACAGCAUCAAUAAGAUGAACCCAUUUUAUCAAAACAACACAGGUGAUAAUUAUCAAGGACAUAAAUGGAGCCUGAAGACAUUGUGGAAUUAUUUGAAAAAGCAAGGAGUCAAUGUUCAUAAUAUCUGGGAAUCUAUCAAAGAUAUUGUAAUCAAAACUAUAAUCAGUGGAGAAGCCAUGGUUUCCAGUUUGACAAGAGCUAAUUUGAAAAGCCCUUACUCUGCAUACGAGUUGUUUGGAUUUGAUAUCCUGUUGGAUGAAGCUCUCAAACCUUGGCUCCUGGAAGUGAACAUCUCUCCCAGCCUUCAUUCCACCACUCCAUUGGAUGUAGAGAUCAAAGAACCACUGGUCUGUGAUGUACUCAACAUUGCUGGUUUUCACUUGCCUGUUAAAGAUGAUCUAAUGGCCAAUGUUGUCAACAAUCACAUGGAAGAUGGCCAUUACAAACCUCCAAACAGAUACUGCCUUGAUAAACGACUCUACAGUCAAAAUCUUUCUGGGGAUGAAAAACUGAAGCAUAACUACUAUUGUCAUCGCAAUCUUGACAUGCAAACACAACAAACCAUUUUGGAUAUAUUAACUCCAUAUGAUGUUCGCAUUUUACUGCUGACUCUUGAUGAAGAGAGGCGCUCUGGCAAUUUUGAACGUAUUUUUCCAAAUUAUGCAACUUCCAAAUAUCUACGUUUCUUUGAACAGUUGAGAUACAGCAAUCUGUUGCUGAAUCAAUGGCUUCAACGCUACCCCAAGUUGGAUUCUCGAGGAUUAAUAUUGUUAAAAUCCUACUGUGAAAUUGGUAUUCAUCUGCAUGAUCCAACAAGUGACGACAGACAUCAGUGGAUUCCUCCAUCGUUGAUUGGGGCUUCUGUUCAUUCUACAAGUUCAAAGUGUGUCUCAACUAUUGGGAAAUCUCAAGAAAAAAAAUCAGCUUUGGAAAAGAACAGAUACAGAGAGCACAAUAAUAACUGA